CUUCAUUACGUAUCUACCCAAUACAUUAUGACCAAAUUUCCGAGUACUAUUAUUUAAACAUAGCAAUCAACUGUUUUGUUUCAAUAUGCGACCGUGCCAAUCGGUUACAAAAUAAGUACCAUGUUAUGUAUAAGCCAAACUCAGAAUGAAUAAGUACCGAACUUCGACCUCGUUUAAAACAUCAUGCGGACACAUUUUACACAAAAAAAUGUUUACAAACAAGAAAGUCGGACUGAACAUAACACGACACUGUGGGUAAACAGUGUAAUGUUGAAUGUAUAUUUUUCAAACAACACUCAUAAUGGAUACCUCAAUUAGUUGUUCAACAGCGAUGGUCAGUAUAAUCCGCGUGUCGUGCGCACCCGUCCUACUAGUACUGCUACUGACAACGAAAGUUACGGGAUAUGAGAAAACUUUACGAAAGAUCGUACGUAACCAGUCGAAAAUGGUCCAAAGGCCGUUUAGUGAAAUCAGUGCACCGGAAUCAAUUUGGAAAAACAUGACGAAUCAACAUUCUCUGCGCUUUAACGAGGCUCUGAUUUUUCCGGGAAUAGCUCAAAUGAAGACAGUUUUCCAUAACAUGGCAAGGCCUAAAAUAUCAACGAUACUAUCGUCACUAGAGACGAGUAAAGGAAAAGCAUCAUUUUCUAGGAUGAAAAUAUCUAAGCCCGAGUUGCCCACUGAGUUAAGAUUAGCGCGAAAUACUUUUACUGAUCUUAACGUAACCCUACAACCGCCAAAAGAUGCACUUGAGAGCUAUCGCAAUUUGAGUAACAUCAAGUUAGCGAUCAAAAACUAUUACCAAAUUCCUACACCAUCGAGAUUUUUUCCGCCCAUAGAGGAACGCGACACGCAAAGCGCUGAACAAAGGGGCGGGAGUAGCAAAGAGAAUACCGUUAUUAUACCUGAAUUCCACGACAUACCCAAAGAUAACGAAAGUCUUCAGGUUAAGGGUAUUCUGAUUCCAAAGAGCAAAACUCCAACUAUAACUGAAACCACAGCUGCUCUUAAAGAUACAAUACACAGUAUUAUUGAUAUUGAUGUCGACCCUGAAAAUGAGAAGGCAGAUUUUUUCAUUGAAGGUAUGCCUAUGGAUAGUACCAUGUUUAGUUACAAUCUAACUACGGAUGCCUUUACGUGCUCAAUAUUAAAAGAAGCUAAGGCCGAUAUGGAUGCGCAAGAAAAGUUUUCACUAUUAAACAUAGAGCCUUUCUGGAUGACGAAGAAACAUUAUUGGAAUCAUAUUUUUGAUAGGCGCUACGAAUCGUUGAUGAGAAAUCCGAAAUGGCCUCCACUUAAGGUUAUACUUGUACCGCGAACACACGUCGAUAGUAUUUGGAAACGUACAUUUGAACAAUAUCAUAAAGAGACUGUUUCAAAGAUUUUGUCAAAUGUAGUGAAAAAACUUCAAUUUUAUAGCAAACUCACUUUCAGUUGGAAUGAAGUCUCACAUUUGAGUCAAUGGUGGAAAACGACUACCCACAAAACUCGAUCGGCAUUCAGAAAACUAUUAAAAAUUGGGAAAUUGGAGAUAACAACUGGAUUCUGGGUUGAACCUGAUGAGGCGACAACCCAUUUAUUUGGCUUAGUUCAUCAACUUAUUGAAGGACAUCAGUGGCUGAAACAACAUUUAAAUUAUACGCCGAAAGUGGCUUGGCUCACUAACAGCGUCUCUCAUAGUCCCACCAUGGCGUACCUCUUGGCAGCAUCGAAUAUUAAUCAACUGGUGUUCACUAAUCUGCAUUACUCCUGGGAGCAGUUCUUUGCGGAGUAUCAGUAUAGUGACUUUGUUUGGUUACAGAAUUGGGAAGAUGAGAAAGUAUAUCAAUCGAGCCUCAACGAGGAGCUGAACAGAAUUGGCAAUGACCGUUACCCAAAGCAUGCCGUAUUAACACACUUUCUACAGUUUAAUUCAGCCGGAUUUAAAGCGUGUGGCCCUAAUGGCCCUCUCUGUACAUCAGAAUUUAAUUUUGCAACUUCACAUAAAAAUCUAGACAUCAGCGCCUUCAACGUCAAAGAAAAGGCUGAACUACUUCUUGAACAAUAUUCUAAAACAGGAACGAUUUCGCCACACAAUGUUAUUAUAGCACCUCUUGGCGGUUUGCAUCGGUAUGAGAAACAAUCUGAAUUUGAUUAUCAAUACAAUAAUUACCAAAAAAUUGCUGAUUUCGUUACAGCUAACAAAGAAAUUUACAAAGCAACGAUUGAAUUUGGCACAGUUAAAGAUUACUUCGAAACCAUAAAAGAGAAAUAUAAGAAUUUCCACUCCUUAAAAGGAGAUUUUCUCAAUUUCGCUGACAUAAGUUCUGGAAGUCCUGCUUACUGGACAGGAUUUUAUACGUCAAGACCUUUUACAAAAAUAUUGUUAAGACGCCUCCAAUCUACACUACGAACAACAGAAAUACUCUUUUCUUAUGCGUUGAAUCUCGACGUGUUUCGGGGAUCUAACGUCAGCCAAAUUUAUGAACUACUAAUUAAGGCACGAGAAACAGUUGCUCGUUUAGUUGAUCGAAAUGUUGUCAGUGGAACGGUUACUGCUUACGCCUUAAAAUACGUUCAUAAUCAAAUUUUAUCCACUGUGAAAGAUUGUUGGUACAUACAAGAAAUAUGUGCCAGUUAUCUGAGUUUGAAACCUGAGCAACACACAGCAUACUUGCAAAAAUACGUGUAUAGAGAUGGUGAAUUCAUAUCCGUGUUUAGAACAGUUUCGCCGGGAGAUCAAAUUUAUGUAUUUAACUCGCUAAGUCACGAAAGGACUGAAAUAGUAGAAGUUGUAACUAGAAAUCCAAAUAUAAGAAUUGUCGAUCACAACAAAAAAGACGUUACGAUUCAAAUAAAUCCUGUUUGGAAAUAUAAUUCGGAUAAUAUCGUAAAGAUUUCAAGACGGUUCUUUAAAAUUAAUUUUGCCGUAAUGGUACCUCCAAUGACGUUAGAAUUAUUUAAAAUAAAAGAGACUUAUGAUGCUUCACAAAACGCGGCUACAAUAUAUUGCUCAUCUUGUAUAAUUGACGAUGUUGUGAGUAACGGAUCUAUAUUUCCGUUCAACAUUCAACCAAUACAAUCAGGUGAUAUACAACUUGAAAGUUACAAACAUCGACUCAUAUUCGAUGAAUUCACAGGCUUUAUGAAAACCGUAAUCGAAAAGGAAACAAACAAUGAGAAAAUGGUUUUCGUUGAUUAUGGCGCAUUCAAAGACUCGGAUGUAAAUUCGGGAAUGUUUUUGUUCAAUACUAAUGUUAGUAAACCGCUGCAAGAUGUAUUGACUGGAUAUAGAUUGGGAAUAAAGAAGAAAGUUUUGUUGAUCAUUUCUGGACUGGUCACAACUGAACUUACUUCUAUUUACGGUCGAUUGUUGCAACAUACAAGUAAAAUCUUUAAUCUUCUUAGAAGUCCCUUGUCUAAUGCUAUCCUCAUUGAAAGUAAAGUCGAUUAUGAUAUUUCGCCAAAGAAUCGAGAGUUGGAACUGUUUUUAUCGAUACAGACGGAUAUUAGUAAUGGUAAUCCUCCACAAAUUUACACUGAUAACAAUGGAUUUCAAUACACUUCUCGAAUUUUGAACAUCAGUAGACGUAUUGAGUCAAACAUGUAUCCCAUUACUAGCAUGGCAUUUAUUCAGGAUAGGAGGAGUCGCCUCACGUUUAUAACAGACCAUGCUCAAGGAGUAACUGCGUUACAAGAAGGUCAAUUACUUUUCAUGUUAGACAGGAGAGUUCUAUUCAACGAUGGUCGAGGAACAAACGAAGGUCUAGCAGACAGUACCACGACAUGUCACAGAAAUUUCAUAUUAUUAGAAAAUAUUAUGGAUACGGCUACUAGUUUUAAUCGUUAUUCACAUCAAGAAGAGUUGAAAUUACCUAGUCUAUCAGCAGUGUAUCUUGCCAACACCUUAGACCACCUCUUGGAUAUAUUCCUUAUUGACAAAAAUCACACCGAUCUUUGUUACUACAUGUUUCUGCCUUUAGUCAAAACUUCGUUUCCAUGUGAUGUAGCGAUGGUCUCCUUUAGAGUAAUAUUACACAGAAAUAACUUACUCAACUUUAUUCCCAACUCAGCUCUAAUGACGCUACAUCGUCAAAGUUUUUCAUGUCAAAUUGAUACAUCAAUUAGUCUUCAUUGUAACGGAGACACAACAUUCUCUCUAAGCAAAAUAUUACGAAACAUUAAGUCAGUUUAUCAAACCAACCUCCCCGGUACCACUGACGGUGUACCAGUGUUUAGUUUAAGCCAUACCAAUUUCCCGCCAAUGGAAUUGACCACAUUACGGAUACAUUUCUAAACAAACCACGGAUUUUGUGUUCCGUGUCAAGAAGUAACGAUCACUAGUUUUUUUUAGACUAUGGAAACAAAAUGUAAAUAAAUUGACUGAAAUGGGACAAUACACUUGUAAUCUUUUUAAAACCGUUGAUGGUUAUAAAAUUGUUAUUAAUUUACUUCGCAAAAAUACUGCAUGCAGGAGGCAAAUGCCCGAGCUUAGCUCAGAACCUUUCUAAGUUUCGGGGACUGGUGCGAAGUUCCACUUCCCCAACUGUGGAACUCCUGCUUUUCAAUCUGGACUCGUUCGUAGAUCCCUAAAGGUAAUUAAGACGAGUAAAAAUCUGAAUUGUGUUUUGUCGGUUCCAAUAAAACUACAUAUUGUUUUAAAAAUUAUGAAUGCGAUUAAUUUUUCUGUGUCGAUAUUGCGUGUAGAUAUUGUAAAUCGUGUGAAGAGAAUACUAACAUAAGUGAAAUAAGUAGUGCAUUAAGAUAGUUAAGGAGUUUGACCUAAAAAUAAAAUAAUUUAAAUAUGUAUUAUUUUAUUAUAAUCCAUUUCGAUCGCAGUGUUGUAAAUAUCGGUUAUCUAUUUUGUAAAUAAACAUAAGCCUAUGUAAUACUUUCGUUAUGUUUUGUAUGUUGACCAAAUAAAUUUCGAGAAACUUAUUGA